AUGGGCCCUACAGAGGCGUUCGAGGCUAGGGUAGCUCAGGGGAGGUGGAGGGAGGAGGAGAGGGACCAGUUGGUUAGGGAGGGGGAAGCGCUGGAAGUGAUACCGGCUAGUGCACUGAGGCGCUUAUCGAUAUCGAAAUCAGCUGCCGUGGAGGAGGGGGAGUUGGGGGACCCCACGAGCUCCAAUGAUCCCGAAUUGUUAGAGUGGGUGAGAAAAGCGCGGGGAAAAAUCGAGUCGGGGAAAAGGAGCCGAAUUCCUCUUCACACUGUUGAGGAGCUUCUAGAAGACUUCAAAUCUCGGGCAUUGGAAGCGGACACUGCAGAGGCCCAUCGGCUGCUGGUAGCGUUGGAGGAGGGUAAGGAGGCUGCUACCAUGUGGAGAGAGCGUGCGAGUCGGGCAUUGGCUGUGGAUGAGGGUGGUGGACUAGAGGGUAGGGUAGUGCUGGAGGAAAUCGCACAGAGUGGGAUCACUAAAGCUGUGGAUUUAUCCGAAUGUUUGAGAAAUCUCAAAGUUGCGGUGGAGGUAGCAGAGGAGUGGGAGAGGAAGGCUGAGGCGGCGGUGAAGAAUUGGGAGGGGCCUAGGACGGGGCUAGGGGAGGGGCCCGCGGGGAUCGGCUCGGCUUUUAUGGAGAACUUGGUAGAGGAAAUACGGUUGGUGGGAGUCUACGACUUUGAAGUUGCUGUUGCUGGCAAGGGGGGAAAUUUUAAUUUCCCGCGCCCAGCUGGAGGACUUAGAGCCCUCUCCUUCCUAUUCAUGGAUUAUAUGAGGACCGGCAUAUGCGGGACAAAGGCGGAGCAGGAGGAUCUCGAGGGGCUGUUGGCGGCUAUGAAGGAAGAGGUUUGGGGAUGGGAUGUUAGGAAAGCGGUGGCAGCGGUCCCUUUGAGCUCCUCGUCAUUGGAAAGACUCAGUGAGAGUUAUCCGAAAUCGCUGAAGAUCUUGCAGAAAAGUGAAGGGCGUGGUAGAGUUUCUCUUGCGGACCUACCCCUGCUAGGAGCAGCUGACUUUGAGCAUACGCUAGUGGAGAUAGAGAAAGUGUGUACUUUUCUGAUGGAGUCGUUGCCGAUAUGGGAGGAGGAGUGGCAAGUGACAAGUUCGGUGAUAGGGAACGGCGAGAAGAAGUUGGAGGAAUCUCCCAACCCGAGCUUGGCUGAAGCCGUGGUGGAGUAUACACCGUAUCGGGUGAGGGACUCGACUGUUGAGGGGGAGUGGGAUUUCAUAUCCACCUUGGCCGACGUGGAAGCGGCCUGUCGGAGUCUGUUGGAGAUAUCUCAGCCGAUUGACAUUUCUGGCUGGCAGCAUUUGAGUCGAGUCUUACGAGAGAUCGACAGUAACUUGGUGCAAGUUCCAGAGCUUCUCGCGAGGGUUGACGAAAUUGUCGCUGAGAAUUAUGAGUUGGAAAGGCGGACCUUGCAGUUGGUGCGGGAAUUGGAGAAAAGUAGAGAGGAUGUGAAGGAAGAAGAGACGGAGGAGUCACCAAAGGAAGAAGUCGAAACGAAGAAGCGGAAGGCCGCUGAGGGGCUAGAAGGGUUGUCGCUGUUUGGCCAGCUCUUGAGUCUUCUGGAGGCAGUCGACCGGUCUAGGUCUCGCAUUGAGGCGUUUGAAAACUCGCUGAGAUCGUUAGUGAACACCUUAUUAGAGUGGCAGAGGAGGGCUCGAGAGCUCUUCCAUUGGGAUGACAAGGAGAAGCGUAUGGAGGGUUAUGAAAAGCCCUCGUUGGAAGCCGUCCGCCGUUAUGUCGAGGAGCUGGAGGCGGACCCGGUUCUUAAGGGUUUCGCAAAUAGAGUCUUCCUAAUGCAGGUCGGGUUUAUCUCGGGAGCUAUUGGUGCGGAGGAGGCGGCGAAGGAGUGGCAAGUGGAGCUCGGCGACCUUCUCGCGAAGAAGGAGGAGGCCGAUUCAGAAGCGCAUUUUUCACUGGCAGCACUUCGAAAGAUGAUGACGCAGUUGGAAGGCUUUGACGUGGCAGUACCGGUGGACGUGGAAUUUACGAGAGCUGCCGCGGAGGCGGACCAGUGGUAUUCAUUUUAUCUGAGCCGACGGUCUAGGAAGAAGAAGAUUUCCCUGCAAAGUGCUGAAGAGGUCAUUCGGGCGGCCGCGAUAGAAGAUGCGCAGUUUGCAAAAUGUCGCGAGCUCAUUGCGGCGUCGGAGGAGUGGCGGUCUCUGUCGCGGCAUAUUGCCGAGACUAAAGAGAAUUGGCAAAAGUCUAUGGCGGCUAUAGUCGAUAGUUAUACGAAGAGGAUCAUCGCUGGCAGUCCUGGCAGAAAUAAUGAGGGAGAAAAUGGCACGGAAACGGUUGAGGACCAUCUCCGUUCUCUAUUGGCUGAGUCGAAGAAGCUGCCAGUGCAAGGGGGAGCCGACACGUGGUUGUCACGAGAGCUGCGUGCUAGGUCGGACAACGAGAAAUUGUCGGAGGCCUUGACUGAUCCUGAAUGCACUUUGGAGAGGGCAAGACAGAUUUGCCUCUCGGUCGAUGCUCCCUCUACUAGAGUUUUGAAGUCCCCGGGAUCCGAAGAAAGCUUCACGGAGGGCCCUGCGGAGUGCCCACCUGAGCUCAGGCAUGCGGCCUUCACUUGCGAUGGGCAUCUACUAUCUGAGUUGGAGAGAGCAGUGGAGGAGGCCGCCACACUAGAGGGACAGAUUCACCGAUAUUUGGAGCACACUAGUGAAGUGGCGGAAAACGAGGAUGCUGUUGUUGACGAGGAUGUCAACAGUGUCAUUGAGCUGGCAGUUCGAGAGGCUAUAGUUAGCGGCAGAGUCCACCCCGGCGCUGAUGGUGUUCCGGACUAUGCGUAUCCACUACCGCUGUAUUAUCCAUCGAAGAAGCAUGCGAGAAGGAGCAAAGCACUCGAGUUACUCUCAACGGAGACCCCAUCUGAAUCGUUGCCGUACUCAAUGCGCAUCUUGGAUUUGGUCCCAUGGGACGCCCCGAGAGUGUCGAGGGUUGAGCCUCCGGUGGAAGUGGAAAUUAGGAAGAGACGGCGGAUACUCGCUACGAUGACUGCAGAGCAAAGGAGAACUGAGAAGGAGACGUUGAUGAGGAGAUUGCAGAAUCCUAAGCCUACAGUGUCGGAUUGUAUAGCACUGCUGGCGUGGAGUAGGCGGCUGCGAUUGAAGGUGCCCGACGUGAAGAAGAUCUAUAAAGUGUUGGUUUAUACGAUGAGGAGUGUUCGGGCUAUUCUGAGGAGGUUUAAAGUCCUUCGGCCGUCUUCUGUCAAGGGCGCGAGUUCGGCUGAUUGCGAGCCAUGGGAAACGCGUCUGAAUAUGGAGGUCCAAUCAGGAGUUGUUGAAGGAGCUACCGCGGAUGAUGAUGAACAGACUAAGCCGUUGGUGAUGGUCACAGUGGACGACUUACUGGAAGUUCUGUUGAAGAUCGACCGUUUGCCUCUGGCGCUUGUGAUCGAGUACAGAGUGGUUACAAUCAUCGAAGCGGCCUUCGACUGGCGAGUCCGAGCACAAUGCCUCGUACACAAUUUGGGUCUCGAUAGGACCAGACCUAGGCCUUGGGUCGGCGACCGGCGAACUUUGGAAUACUGGGCAACCCACAAUUUGAGAUGCACCGACAUUUUCGAGCACCCCGAGCGUGUGCCUGAUGCUCCUUUGUUACCACGUGCUUGCGAUAAUCCGGUCCUGGCACCACCGGUGGAGGACUAUAUUCGCAAUACUAUGCAGAUGAGGUUCUUUUACAUAGUCGAAUGCUGCCGUCACUUCUCAACGGUGUACACAGACAUGUGUGAAAUCUGUAAUGUUGUGACGACUCUCUACACUGACACUGACGCAUGGAUCACUUGCGAUGUGUGCGAUAAGUGGUAUCACCAGAAAUGUGCUGGUGUGUCACCAGACGCGACCAGCUUUACAUGUCCGACCUGCUCGAACGGGACUAUAGCGGCUGCAGGAUCGGAUUUGUCACUGCAGCCGGGAUUCGCAAUAAUACGUCAAACCUACGACGAAUCCCUACAGCCACCUCUCGAUGCUUUUUCAUUUGAAGAGCGUGAUGUCUUGGCACGUACCAUCAAACAACGGCAACGAAUCGGCCGCUUCUAG